UUGACAGAGAGGAGAGCAGAAAGUGGAUACCAUGCUCCGGUCAGAUGAGGAUAUGGAUACAUAUGUGAAGAGAGUGACAGAGAUCUGAGUGAGAAGAAGAAGGUGCAGAAAAAGGAAAUGAGACUUUGAGCUGCAGUCUGAGGCUGACUUGAGCAUUUUCAUCAACAGUCUAAAUAGCAGUUUGAUUAAAGUUUUAAGAUAUUUUAUCCAACAAUGGCAACUCUUUGGCGAUUUACACUUUUUCUCUGCAUGCUGCUGAUGGCGUGUGGAGGCUUGAGCCUGGCUAGUGAAGAAGCAGAAACCCGAAAUACACAAACAGAAACUGGGACAGGCUCAAGCUCUAACACAACUGGAGGAGGUGGUCAUGAAGCGGCGCCCAUCACUACACUGCCCAUUGUGACCUGGAAGUGGCAUCACAUCAGCGUACAGUACCUGGUGGCCCUGUGGAUUCUGGUUUGCUGGCUCUGCAAACUUAUCAUUGAGGCCAACCAUAGUGUCACCAACUACAUACCUGAGAGUGCCCUCCUCAUCUGCUCUGGUUUCAUUUUGGGUGGCAUGAUUUGGGGUGCAGACAAGAUGCAGACCUUCUCACUGAGCCCAACAGUCUUCUUCUAUUUCCUGUUGCCUCAAAUCAUUCUGGAUUCAGGCUACCACAUGCCAAACAAGCUCUUCUUCACCAACCUGGGUGCUAUCUUGAUCCAUGCUGUCAUUGGGACCUGCUGGAAUGCCGCCAGUUUGGGGCUGUCGCUGUGGGGGUGUCACAUGGGAGGAGCCAUGGGUGACCUGGACAUCGGUCUGCUGCAGUAUCUUCUUUUCGGAAGUCUGAUGGCUGCUGUGGACCCCGUGGCUGUCUUAGCUGUGUUUGAUCAGGUCCACGUUAACGAAGUCCUCUUCAUCAUAGUGUUUGGAGAGUCACUGCUCAACGAUGGUGUGACAGUGGUGCUUUUUAAUGUGUUUGAUGCAUUUGUAUCGCUGGGAGGAGGCCGAAUUAAUGCAGCAGAAAUUGUUAAAGGAAUAGUUUCCUUCUUUGUGGUUGCAUUUGGUGGUUCCCUUGUGGGCAUAGCAUUCGGCAUACUAAUUGCACUUCUGACCAGAUGCACAAAAAACAUCCAGAUCAUCGAGCCAGGCUUCAUCUUUGUCAUGGGAUACCUUUCCUACCUGACUGCUGAGAUGCUUUCUCUGUCUGCUAUCCUUUCCACUACCUUCUGCGGUGUGUUAUGUCAGAAGUACGUCAGAGCAAACAUGGAUGAGAGUUCCGUCCAAACAGUCAAAUAUGCCAUGAAGGUUUUCGCCAACGGAUCAGAAACCAUCAUCUUUGUUUUCCUCGGUAUCUCGGCCAUCGAUAAGGUUAUCUGGGUUUGGAACACGGGCUUCAUCCUCCUCACGCUCCUCUUCAUCUUUGUGUAUAGAUUCAUUGGUGUGUUUUUCCUCCAGUGGAUCCUUAACAGGUACAGGCUGGUCCCAAUUGAAUUAAUAGAUAUGGUGAUCAUGAGCUACGGUGGCCUACGAGGAGCUGUUGCGUAUGGCCUGGCUGUGUUGCUGGAUGAGAAUAAGAUAAAAGAGAAAAACCUGAUGAUCUGCACUACUCUCAUUGUGGUGUACUUCACUGUCAUCUUGCAGGGAAUAACGAUGAAACCUCUGGUCAUGUGGCUUAAAGUAAAGAGAGCUGAAGUAACUGAGGUCUCACUCCUAGAGAAAAUGACAAACAAGAUGUUUAAUCACACUCUGGUUGCCAUAGAAGACAUAUCAGGACAAAUAGGAGAUAACUACUUCAGGAGCAAGUGGAGACAUUUUGAGGAGAAGUGGAUGACGCCACUUUUGAUGAAGCCAUCUGCAAGGAAGAAACAAGAUGAAGUUUUUGAUGUCUUCCAUCAGCUGAACCUCAAGGAUGCCAUGGAAUAUGUGACUGAAGGCGAGCGUAGUGGCUCUCUGGAGUUUGUCCGUAAUGACAGCGCCAUUCUUGAUUUCAAGAAAAAGCUGGAAAGUGAAUACACAGAGGUCUUGCCUGACAUCCCGCCAUACAUGAUAAAUAAUCAUGGUGCAAUGUUCACUAUGGGUAGAGACCCUAUUCCAUCAGUGAGCCUGGAAAUGCACGAGCAGACCAUGAAAGCUAUGAGGGAAGCUGAGGCAGUUGAUGCUCACCACCUUCUGGAUCAGCAUCUCUACAAGAGCAGAAAACAGUAUCGCCACGGGUUCAGUCGCAGUGAUUUCAAAAUCAACAGAGAUGAAAAAGAAGUCCAGGAGAUCUUCCAGAGAACCAUGAGGAACAGGUUGGAGUCAUUCAAGUCUGCAAAGAUGGGUGUUUCACCACCAAAGACAAUUGUCAAGCACUCAAAGAAAGAACAGCAGGAGAAGAUCCCAAAUGGAAAGUCAAUGAGCAAGACUAAACUCUGCCAUUCUGGUGAUGAAGACUUUGAGUUCUCAGAGGGAGAUAGCGCCUCUGGCUAUGACUCGUCAUACCCUUCUUUCUCCAUGAGAGCCACGUACAGACCAGGAGAUGGGAUUGAGAACCCAGCCUUUGUGCCAGAUCUGUACCCCACGGAUUUGUUGCAGAUCCCUCCUUGGCUGGCAGAGAGUGAGCCCGACAGCAGCAUGGUGGCUCCGUCAUUGCGAGCCCAGGCGAAUCUUCCCAAUUCACCUAUGGAAAUGCGCCGAAUGGGGCUUCUUCGUACCAGCACUCGCUCUACUGACACAAAGCAGAUGAACAAUGAUCAGUUUCCACCUCCACCAACACCUCCUCCUCCUCCCAGUGGCCACAUGUAACUGUAUCCCAAUGCAGACACCCUGUUCUGUUCUGUUCACUUGAACCUGGAACAAAGACACAAAAUAAACCUCAGACUAAUUAACCAUCUACUCUCAUACUGACAAGAAAAUGUUUAUUUUUCCAUGACUGUGGUUAGCUCCUGUGUUUCUACACAAAACACUGUGUAGGAAAAACUGCACUGAAACAAAUCCUUUAUGUUCAACAUUAGAUAUAUGUUGAACACUGUCAUAUAGUCUGUGGUUUGUAGUAAACAUGCUAUUGAAAAUUAUUAUUUAAGGUUAAUUUUUCAAAACAUCUUAAUAUUAUGUAAAAACCUUUCAAAUGAUGUGUAGAUAUCAAUUAUAAAAACAAUGAUUUAAAAUACUUUCUGAAUCUAUAAUCCAUACAUUCAUAUUGCAGAAUACCACAACAACUUUCACCACUUGGGGCACUAUUUUGUGUGAAAGAUGAAAUAUUACUAACAAAUAAAAUGCUACAUAGGUCAAUGAUGCAAACACAUUUUAGUGGGAUGCAUUUAAACAUUUGCAGCAUAUAUAAUGCACAUUCUUAGUAUUAUUUAGUGAGGUUCCAGCCUGUUCUGAAUGCUCUCUAUUUUUCGACUUUUGACUCUUGCAAUGGAAGGGAGAGAGGACAUCCCAAAUAUGGUCAUCUCAGAUGCUCCACCAACCUUCCGUUUCAGAGGGUCAAACAAUUAGGAAAAAGUUGGUUUAAAGGCAGAUGAUGAACUAAGUGGUAUUCAUUAAGGGCCAGUAGAAGAUAAAUGAGGGUAUAAAUGAGGAUUAUCAUGAACCAUGAAUAAUGCAAAGCUACUCUUGUCUGAGAAUUUGGGUUUGAUGUGCCCAUUUUAAUUUCUUGUACUGUUUUAAUUUUCUAAUAAAUGGAAUAGGUGUGAUUGUU